GAAGGUUUGUCUUGACGUCGGUUACAGCGUUCUGCGCAUGCGUGUCUUGCAGAAACACGUGAAGCCACAUUCUAGCAGAAACAUGGCAGAAACGAAUGAAGCCCUCGUGUUGGACCGGGAACAGGUGAAGAAAGCUGUCCUGGCACUACAGGCUUUCUUGAAGUCCAAGUCAACCUCUGAAGCGCUGUUCCUGAACGAGAGCGAGCACAUCUCUCUCCUCUUCACGCUAUGGAAGAUCCCUAAGAAAGCAAGCAACAUCCGCAUCCCAUUGCCACAUAACCAGAGAUCGGAUACGGACGAAGUGUGCCUUUUUACCAGAGAUGAACCCAACAUGACCGGCGAUCAGACGCAGAGGUUCUAUAAGAGACUACUGGAAGAAAAAGGCAUCAAUAUCGCAGAGGUCAUCCCCUACAAGUUGCUGAAGACGGAAUACAAGUCCAUUGAGUCCAAGAGGCGGUUGCUGGGAAACUUUGACCUGUUUUUGUCCGACGGCCGCAUCCGACGACUCCUUCCCUCCCACCUGGGAAAGAACUUCUAUUUGAAUAAAAAAGACCCCUUAUCUGUGGACCUGCAGAGCAAGAGUCUGGCCCGGGAUCUGAAGAGCAUCAUUCAUGGGACCCGCAUGAAGAUCAACAACAAGGGUUCCUGCUGUAUGGCUUCCAUCGGCCACUCUGGGAUGACCACAGAGCAGCUAACGGACAACAUUGAGUCGGCGGUAAAAGGGGUCGUGGAUAAAAUGCGUACGCAAGGACCCGUGGUGAAGCUUAUCCACCUGAAGAGCCUGGCGUCCGUGGCUUUGCCCAUCUACAACGCAGUGCUCAGUCAAAUCACCACCCUGGACGAAGCACAGAAAUCCGCCAAAUCACUCAAGAAAAAGAAGGUGGCCAAGAAGGUUUCUGGUGCUGAUGACAACGAUGAGGAAAUCCCAACGCUGGUUCCCAUUGGAACACCCGCCAAAAAGGCAAAGCUUGAGAAACCACAGAAGAGCAAAAAGAAGGUGGUCCUCGAGACGGCCCCUAAAGCCCCCAGACCCCGGAGGAGGAGGACACACAAACCUGCCGCCCUGGAGAAGGCCCUCACACCUAACGCUCUGAACAAAUCCCCUAAACACGGCGGACAGAAAAAGACCCAGAAGCACCAGCCCCAGAAGACCGGCAAGCCUUCUCCCAAACCCAAAAAGAAGGCACGUAAAAUGACCAAAUGAGCGCCACGGUGACGUCUGUGCACCCGCGCCUCACCACUGCUCCCUCCACACGGACAUUUGAUCACAUGGAAAUCUAGUCUAAACCAGUCUGAUGUUGUUCAUAGCUAUGGUGAUGCUCACUUGCCAUUUGUUUUCAAAAAUGGACCUGUAUGCUUUGUUAUAUUACGAUAAUUAUAAAACGUAACUACUCAA